GCGGCGCUUCGGCCUCGGGGCGGCCCGGCGGGAGCGAUGGCGGCGGCGGCUUCGGCCUCGGGCGGCCCGGUGCCCAUGACGCUCUUCGCGGCCGGGGAGAUGGACGGCGCCGGCCCCAGCUGCGUCCCGCGGUUGUGCAGCCUGACUCUGAAGAAGCUCAUCGUGUUAAAAGAAUUGGAUAAAGAUCUCACGUCUGUGGUAAUAGCAGUCAAAAUGCAGGGUUCAAAACGAAUACUACGAUCUCAUGAAAUUGUUCUGCACUCAAAUGGGCAAAUAGAAACAGAACUUGCACUGACAUUUUCCCUACAGUAUCCUCAUUUCUUGAAAAGAGAAGGCAAUCAACUUCAAAUCAUGCUACAGAGAAGGAAGCGAUAUAAGAACAGAACAAUGCUUGGCCACAAGACGCUGGCAGGAGGAUCAGUUAACAUGGCUGAGGUAAUGCAGCACCCAACAGAAAAUGGCCAGGUUUUGAGCCUUUUCAGCAGCAUCAAGGAAGCAAUGACCAAAGUCGCAGAGAUCUGGAUCUUCUCGCUGUCCAGUCAGCCAAUAGACCCCGAGGAAAGUUCUCUUCAGGCAAGCCAGAAAACCAAGUCAUCAGACAAUUAUUCUGAAGAGGAAUACGAAAGUUUCUCUUCGGAACAAGAAGCAAGCGAUGAUGCUGUUCAAGGGGAGGAUUUGGAUGAUGAUGACUACGAGUUGGGAAAAUUGAGGAAGCAGCGGAUGUCAAUAGUAAGAACACCAUCCAUAACCAGGCAGCAAAACUUCAAGCAAAAAGUGGUGGCCUUGUUGAGAAGGUUUAAAAUCUCAGAAGAGGUCUUGGAUUCUGAGCAGGAUCCAACUGAGCCUGUGGCAGAAGCUGAUGAAGAUCUAGACCUUCUCUAUGACACACUCGAUAUUGACAACCCAAGCGACAGCGGCCCUGACAUGGAAGACGAUGAGAGUGUUCUCAGCACGCCAAAACCAAAGCUAAAGCCUUACUUUGAAGGCUUGUCUCACUCAAGUUCCCAGACAGAAAUUGGGAGCCUCCACAGCGUUAGAAGCCUGAGAGAGCCACCCAGUCCAGAGAAUCUUCAGCAAGAAGACACCCAGGAAGCAGAACAACUUUCUUCUCUGGAUGUUUUCCUUGAAAAGCUUCCACCAAGUGGCAGAAUGACAAAGACGGAAUCUCUCAUCAUUCCUUCCAUUAGAUCUGAGGGGAAGCAGGUGGGUCGCAGGGGCAGAAGCACAUCCCUGAAAGAGAGGCAACCAGCGAGGCAGCAGAAUGAACGCGCCAACAGCUUAGACAACAAACGGUCUCCAGACACCAGGCACCAUUUGCAGAUCCCUAGGAAAACUGUAUAUGACCAGCUGAAUCACAUCCUGAUCUCAGACGACCAGCUUCCGGAAAACAUUAUUCUUGUCAAUUCUUCUGAUUGGCAUGGACAGUUUCUUUCAGAUGUCUUGCAAAAACAUUCCCUUCCAGUUGUCUGCACGUGCUCCUCUGCUGAUAUUCAGGCAGCUUUUAGCACGAUUGUCUCCAGAAUACAGAGAUACUGCAACUGCAAUUCUCAGCCUCCCAACCCAAUUAAAAUUGCCAUUGCUGGAGCCCAGAAUUACCUCAGUGCUGUGUUGAGGCUCUUUGUAGAUCAUCUGUCUCACAAAACUCCAGACUGGCUCAGCUACAUGAGGUUUCUCAUCAUACCAGUAGGGUCUCACCCAGUAGCACAGUACCUGGGCUCAGUUGAUUACCAGUACAACAACUUCUUCCAAGAUCUGACCUGGAGGGACUUCUUCAACAAGCUUGAAGCUCAAAGCACUGUCCAGGAAUCGCCAGAUAUUGUCUCCAGAAUAACCCAGUAUAUAGCAGGAGCAAACUGCGCGCACCAGUUACCUAUUGCAGAGGCCAUGUUGACAUACAAGCAAAAAAGCCCCACUGAAGAAUCUUCUCAGAAAUUCAUUCCUUUUGUAGGGAUGGUAAAGGUUGGAAUAGUGGAACAGUCUUCGACAACGUCAGGUGACUCGGACGAUGCAGCUCCCUGUAGUUCACGCGUCGCCGCCGCCGUCCCUCCCUCCCCGCAUUCUGUGUCUCCUGCUGUGAAGGACUCUUCCCCCACCCCACCUUCUUCACCAUCUGUCACGGGCAGCUUUUCUUCCUCCAGCCAGAGCUUUGCUAUGGAGUUGAUGGGACUACAGGUGGAUUACUGGAUUGCAGCUCAUCCCACGGAGAAGAAAAGAGAUGUAGAGAAAAAGGAUCCCUCCGCUGCUAAAAACACACUGAAACGCACUUUCCGGUCUCUCCAGGUCAGCCGGCUCCCGGCAAGUGGGGAAGCCGCUGCCGCUCCAACUAUGUCCAUGACGGUUGUCACAAAGGAAAAGAACAAAAAAGUGAUGUUUCUGCCUAAGAAGACAAAAGAGAAGGAAUUUGACUCAAAGAGCCAGUGCAUUGACGGGAUCAGCCGGCUGAUUUGCACCGCGAAGCAUCAGCAGAAUAUGUUACGGGUUUGGAUUGACGGAGUGGAGUGGAAUGAUGUCAAGUUCUUCCAGCUGGCAGCAACGUGGUCCUCACAUGUCAAGCACUUUCCGAUAUGCAUUUUUGGGCGCUCCAAAUUUUAACUUUGCUGUAUCCAUAGAACUGUUCUGCCAGCAACUCAGCGCGAGUGCCAACUGUUUGUGCUCUCUUGCAAUUCCUUACAGAUGUGUUUGGAUCACAGCUCAGUUACUUUAAUAUUGUUCUUUAGUUGAUUGCAAGGGGAGAACAGCACUUAACACAGCUGCCAGGCCAGCGCAAGUCUAGACAUGCAACUAAAAUCCCCCCCGCGCCAUAAGGUUAUUCUGUGGAUUUUGCACAUAACUAAUUUUUCAAUACAGUUUUGACCACUAAAUGUGAAAUGCCAUUUGUAAUGCUUUUAAAACAUUACAUUGCCAAAAAGUAGUUCUAGGCAAAAAGUAGCUGGUGUCCAGCUUCCUAUUCAGGUUUCUCUCACAGUUGCAUCUGCAGCCAUACACCAAAGCACAGACCACCUGCAGGUGCUUCUGCGUCCCUUCUGCAUUAUUUCCUCAGUCUAUUCAAGCACCCUGUUUACCUGACAGGAAGACUAAGGGAGGUCUGCACAUGUGCCAUCGAGAAAAAGGAGGGGUGGCAUCUUAAAUCUGCAUAGAAGUUACAGUUACGUCUAGCCUUUGUUUAAAAGGGGAAUAUCUCCCGUUCAGGUACCUGUGGUACUUCACCUGUCUUCCCCGUACUCCACCAUUGCCUGUAAGGCUCUUCUUGCAUGCUGCUCAGAGGGAGCAGAAGUCCACGUUCUCUUUGACUGUUCAUGCUGCACAAACUGCAGGGAAUCAUAGGAGAGGACCUCCCCGAUGAAUAUGGGAUGCAGUAACCCUCUAAGACCACCUUCAGAGCACAAAAUGGCAUUAAAGAUCAUAAUGUGAGUUCCCAAACAAAAGGCUGUUUGAGGACGAGAUAACAUGGCAUCCAGACCUGAGAAUGUUUUCAGAAGCCUCCCCCACCUGUCCCCAGAGACUCCCCAAUUUUGUUUAUGAUUUCAUUAAAG